UCUCCCCUCCCCGUUGCAAAAACAGCACCUGCAUUCUGGCAUUCAUGGUGACACUUUCGCGGGCUCGCAGCGGCUGGAGAUGCGCAAGAGGCAGCAGAUGCAGGUGCACCAGGAAGCCGCCGCCAGCGUCCUCCACGCCCGCCACAGGAUGGGCAACGCCCCCGGCAACGCCUCCAACGCCUGCUGCUUCUGCUGGUGCUGCUGCUGCAGCUGCUCAUGUUUAACCGUUAGAGGCGAGGACGAGACAAUCCAGAGGUCAGCGUGCGAUCGCAGGACAGACGCCGCCAACAACUGUGAAGAAACACCUAAACCCACAUUGGAAGACGCUCGGUCCUGGACGUCGUCAUUCGAGAAGGUGAUGAAAAGCGCGGCGGGGCGCGGUUGCUUCCGCCAAUUCCUGCGCACCGAGUUCAGUGAGGAGAACAUGAUGUUCUGGCUGGCUUGCGAGGAACUCAAGAAGGAGACCAACAAGACAGUGGUGGAGGAGAAAGUGCGGCAAAUAUACGAGGAUUUUAUCUCCAUCCUCUCCCCGAAGGAGGUUAGCCUGGAUUCCCGCGUGCGCGACGUGAUCAACCGCAACAUGCUGGAUCCCACCUCGCACACCUUCGACGACGCCCAGCAACAGAUCUACACUCUGAUGCAGAGAGACUCGUACCCUCGCUACAUCAACUCCGCCGCCUACACGGAUCUGCUCAAGAGCCUGGAAGAACCACCGCCGACGCAGAAGCCAUAGAGGACUCACGAUUAGCUUUAAAAAACAAAAGAAAAGCAAAGCCGCAUGCGUCCCAAGCUGAAGGGUUUCCGGUCGUACGUCCCGAAUCGCACGGUUAGCCCGGAAAUGUCUAUUUUUCUACACUCCCUUGCGCUUGACGUUGCACUUUUCUACCUUGUUUCCAGGAGGGUCCGGCACAUCCACUGCAUUUCGCUAUGUUUUAGGUCAGUCGUGAGCCUUAAAAACAUAGCAACUUUUCAUUUGACACCAAUUUAGAGGAUGGAAAGUGCCUUUGGGAUCUUCUACACAAGGGCGCAUUUCGACAACAUUCGGACAUGUGCCACAUUCGACUUUGGUGCUUUUCAGCUACUCUCCAGCUUUCAAACCUGGAAAUAAGAAUUACUGUAUACAGAUAAUAAUAUAUACAUAUAUAUAUAUCUAGUCGAUGCAUUUCGAUACUGUGAUUUUCGAUGAGAAGAGACGUGAAAACAUGGCCGGCGCUGUAGUUCUAGUUGCGUAUCAGGGCCAAACGUUUGUGUGAAAGCAGUCAAAUAAAAGCACAAUCAUGUUGUUUGGAUUGUGGUGUCAUUUAAUGAGACAAUUUUUGCAAAGUUUUUUUAUAAUUACUUUUGCCUAAAAUAUAAUUUAACCCUCCCAUUACAUUGGUUGCUAAAAUCAAUUUUGACCAGGUUGUGGUAUUAAUUUUUUAAUACUCCAAGUGUCCAAAACCCAUCAAAUUUAAAACAUUGAUUAUCUGCAUUACCAUUUGAAUCUACUGUAUUAUAGUGACAUUUUGACUUGUAUUUUUUUUAACUAAAAAAAUACAUGCUAAUUUUUUAAAAACUGUAAAUUGGGUCAAUUUGCCUGGGAAAGUGUUUAAUGACCCAAAACAAAAUAUCAUCAAUAAUUUAAACUCUUUCACUCACCAUUUCAAUCAAUAUUGAUGUUAAAUGAUGACGUUAUUUCAUUUUUUUUCAAUGCAUCAAAACUUGUCACUUUAACCAGAAAAAACAGGAGGGUUUCAAUCCUAAAAAUGACAUUCACCAUUUUUAACACAUUAGCUGCCAUUGACCUUGAUAGAUGUCCAAAUCCAUUUGAACAAGGGUGGGCUUCAUUCAGUCAGCCAAGGGCGUAUGUUUGCACAGGUAAUGAAAUAACACUCCCAACUUUUAAGGAUGCUCAAAUUGUCUUCAUCAACUUUUAAGCAACCUUAUUUGCAUUAUACGUAUGACUUCAGUUAUA